AUGAGUGAAAAUCGUGAGUGGAUGUAUCGGCGUUUUCUAUCUGAUGGAGCUUUGAAUCCCGAUUUUCAAAGAGGUCUUCAAGGUUUCAUUGAUUACGCUAACAGUAGACGUGAUUUAAUGGAUGGUGAAAAAAUUAGGUGUCCGUGUAGGAAAUGCGAUAAUAUACGUUUCCAUACUAAAAAUAAUGUUCAGUAUCACAUUGCAAAGAACGGAUUUGUGCGGGAUUACCAUAUUUGGAGGUUUCAUGGUGAAAUUGAAAUGGCCACGACUGAAUAUCAUAAUUUUGAAGAAGAAGAGGCUAAUGAAGAUAAUUAUCAGAAUAUGGUUAUGGAUAUUGCUGCAUCCCAAUAUAACAUUCAAAACAUCGAAGAACCCCCAAAUCCGGAAGCCCAAUUGUUAUAUAAUAUGUUGAAAGCAGCGGAUAAAGAGUUGUGGCCCGGUUGCAAAACUCAUUCACAAUUGUCUCUUGUUGCUCGUGUAAUGAGUUUAAAAGCAGAGGGGAAUAUGUCGGAAAGAUGUUUUGAUCAGUGGCUUGAGUUGAUAAAAGAGAUCCUUCCUGAUAAUUUGGCUCCUACUAAUUUUUACGACACUAAAAAGUUACUGAGUGGGAUGGGGCUACCUGCGCAAAGAAUUGAUUGUUGUCCAAAUAAUUGCAUGCUUUAUUGGGAGGAUGAUAGGGAUUUGGUUCAGUGUAAGUACUGUGGCGAGUCUCGUUACAAAAAUAACAAUCGAGACUCCAGAAGCAGUGGAAAGACAUUAGUAGCAGCAAAGCGAAUGUUCUACUUUCCUCUAACUCCACGUUUACAAAGAUUAUUUGCUUCUAAAGCCACGGCAGCAAACAUGCGUUGGCAUGCAUCAUCUAUAGAUGACGGGGUUAUGCGCCAUCCUUCAGACUCACCUGCUUGGAAGCAUUUGAAUGAUAUAUUUCCUGAUUUUACAACAGAGGUGAGGAAUGUUAGGUUAGGUUUAUCCACAGACGGUUUCCAACCUUUUGGUCAAUCGGGCCAGCAAUAUUCCUCGUGGCCAGUGAUUGUUACACCCUACAAUCUCCCACCCUGGAUGUGUAUGAAGGAACAAUUUAUGUUCCUUACAAUCUUGGUCCCUGGACCACGCAACCCAAAGGAAAAACUAGAUGUUUUUUUACAACCAUUGAUUGCAGAGCUUAUACAAUUAUGGAAUGUGGGUGUGCUUACAUAUGAUGUGUCGUUGAAGCAAAAUUUCAAUAUGCGAGCAGCUUUACUGUGGACAAUUAGCGAUUUUCCUGCCUACUCAAUGUUAUCCGGGUGGAGUACGGCUGGAAGAUUAGCUUGUCCACAUUGUAUGGAUGAAACUGAAGCUUUCACUUUAUCACAUAGUGGCAAGCAAUCAUGGUGGUUACUGCACAACCACCUCAAGUUCAAUCUGGGCAAGAGAUAUUGGCAGAGAUUGAAGCGAUGGGAUUUGUGA